AUGUAUUAUCCAAACGAGAUCGCCCCAAAAUAUAUUCAUGCUGGUCAUUCGUUUAUCUUCGAUAAGAUUAGUGCUUGUGGGCAGAAAAAGUUCUGGGGAUGUUCCUUCAAGUCGGAUGGAUGUAAAGCUCGUUUGCACACGUGUGUAUUGACUGAUGAGGUUUUGCAAAGUCUAAAUGAGCACACCCAUGGUGCCAACGUAGCACAAAUAGAAGUAGAGAAAACAAAAAAUAUUCUAAAACGACGAGCUGUUUACACGGUGGAAACACCAGCUCAACUUAUAACAAAUUCAUUAGCCGGUACAUCUACCGCAGUUCAAGGCCAAUUGCCAUCAAAAAAUGCUUUACGCAAAAUUGUUGCAAGGAAACGGAAUACUUUUCAUGUGGUGCCGCCAUCACCAGCAGAUUUACGAUCACUCGAGAUACCUGAAAUGUACAAACUCGAGUCAGUGCCACCGCAUUUAAAUAAAACAAAAGUCAUAAUGAGCGCUUUCGACAACCUACUCAUUGCUCAAACAGCACAAUUGCAUCAAAUACGCCGAGUUAUACCAAACCAUAUGAGGCUUGGCAAGGAGAAGUUUACCGCCUCCAAAACGCGCACACGCAUUUCGAGUUUACAAGAACUCUGGUCCGCAUGUUGUGCUCGGGAUGUAUUAUUGCAACAGAAAGCAUCAGAAGCGCAACUCGACCAUGAGUAUUUCGCCAAAGACGAGUUCCUGAGUGCCGAACACGAUUUUGAAGAAGCUCUGGAUCAACUCACAGACCUUCUCAACCAGCAAGAGAAACCAGAACGCCCAACACCGAAGAUCUCCAAUUCCACGAUGAUCGGCGAAGUACAAGGACCUUCCAACUUCGCUCUUCUACGCAUCACCAUCCCGAAGUUCAACGGUGAACCCACCAAAUGGGAGAGUUUUCGGGAUUCAUUCAAAGCUCUAGUUGGUGAGAACGCAUCGCUAACCUCAGGUCAAAAAUUGUAUUAUUUAAAAUCGUUUCUCGAGGGCAACGCGGCAAUCAUGCUUGAACACAUUUCGGUUUCCGACGCCAACUACGCAGGCGCCUGGCAAACACUUACCGACGAGUACGAUAACAUGCGGGCGUUAGUUCUCGCUCACAUUCACGCGUUUGCAAGCUUACCUAACAUGAAAUUAGAGAAUAAAACCGAAUUAAAACGUCUGCGCGAUACAGUUAACUCAUCAUUAAACGCAUUAAAAAACUUAGGACGUCCUAUCGAACAUUGGGAUGAUUUGUUGGUGUAUUUGGUUUCUCAAAAACUCAGCACACGCACGCGCACUGAGUGGAAUCUGAGCCUAGGGGCGUCAAACGAAUUUCCCUCGUUUCAAUUCCUGAAAGACUUUUUAACCGAGAGAAUACGAGGUAUCGCGUCAAUUCACCUGGAGACCGCUAACUCCUCAAAUCGAUCGAAUUCGUCAAAUAAAACUAACGCGAAAGCAGCAGUUCAUAACACUAGUCAACAACAAUGCCCAGAUUGCUCGGGAAAUCAUGCUCUUGCGUCAUGCCCCACGUGGCACAAAAAAUCGCUCGAAGAUCGCUUCGCGACCGCCAAACGGGCUCGCGUCUGUUUCAAUUGUUUAAAACCUGGACAUUUACCAAAUCAGUGCCAGUCGCAAAAUCGUUGUAAAAAAUGUCAGAAACUGCAUCACACGACUCUGCACCGGGCUUCGCUUCCGCGUCAAGCAUCGCCGACUUCCUCGACCAUUGAAACGCCUAGCGAGGCAUCAACCAGCGCUGCCAACGUUAAUUUAAUUCCGACAAAAGCCGCGUCUCCUCCGGUCAUCGAUCCUCCUGCUGAUUUAAAGGAGACUUCCGCUGAAACCGCAACUAUUAACACUACGCACGAGUUACCUAAUUCCAUCUUACUCGCGACCGCUUGGAUUAAAUUACGCACGCCAGAGAAUCGCGUCGUUAAAGUUCGAGCCUUACUCCAUCAAGGUUCGACUCAUAGUUUCGUAUCAGAGGCACUAGCACAACACUUACGUACUUCACGUCAUCGCGCGAAUCUCAACGUCACGUCUUUCGGAGAUGCGUUUUACGGACGGGCUACUUCUCGAGUGAAUCUCACGCUCGAAUCAUGUCACAACCAGGGUACACGGUUACCUAUGGUCGCUUAUGUUUAUCAAAAAAUCACUUCGUAUGCUGCGCGACUCUCGCGACGAAUCGGCUCGUGGCCUCAUCUCAAAGGAUUAGCUCUAGCCGAUCCCGAUCCUUCCAGUAAGGAGAAAAUAAAUGCAUUAAUUGGAGCCGACCUCUACGGCUACCUCCUUCUCGAAUCUCUUCGAAAAGGCCCUGUUGGGUCUCCGACGGCCCAACUUACUACUUUGGGCUGGAUAAUCUCCGGUCCAGCAAAUGCAACGCGCGUUACGUCCCAGUUGGACCAUUCGAUAAUGCAUUGCGCCCUCGCCACCGACGAUGACGCAUUAAUCAGACGUUUUUGGGACAUAGAAGAAAUUCCCACGAAACAAUUUCUUACGCCCGAGGAGGAGGAAUGCGAAACUCACUUCCUUAAAACGCAUUCCCGCGAUCCCUCCGGUCGCUAUUUGGUACGAUUGCCAUUCCGUGGUAACUCCGUUCCUGAUCUGGGCACCAGUCACCAGAUCGCGCUCAAAAGAUACACGCAUCAUGAAACGCGUCUCAAGAAAAAGCCGGAGCUAGUAAACGAAUACACCGGUUUCUUAAAAGAAUACGAAUCAAUGGGGCAUAUGGAAAGGGUUCGCGAGCCUGACGUGAGCAUCAACCCGGUUUACAUUCCGCAUCAUCCUAUUAUUCGCGCUAGUAGCACCACGACCCGCGUGCGUGUGGUUUUUAACGCCUCCAGCAUAACGUCGAUCGGUACGUCGCUGAACGAUCAUUUACACAUCGGCCCCAAAUUACAGAGCGAAAUAGGCGGCGUUCUCUCCCGCUGGCGACGACACCGGUUCGUCUAUAUCGCCGAUAUUGAAAAAAUGUUCCGUCAGAUACUGGUGCAUCGCGAAGAUUCGGAUUAUCAACGUAUUGUCUUCCAGCCAGAAUCUGACAGUCCGAUACAAAAGUAUCGUCUCUUAACCGUAACGUACGGUACAGCCUGCGCGCCAUAUCUCGCCAAUCGCGUGUUACUUCAACUCACCGAGGACGAGGGAAGCGCAUUUCCCGUAGCCGUUGACGUGAUCCGUAAUUCGACUUACGUGGACGAUGUUUUAUUCGGCACCGAUGAUCUCGAGAGCGCACGAAUGAUUCGCCAACAACUCCUGUCUCUGCUGAAACGUGGCGGAUUCCAUCUACGCAAAUGGGCCUCGAACGACGUUGAAUUAUUAACCGGAAUUUCUACCGCGGGUAAUGACCUCGCUAUCGACUUAUCCAAAGAUGACUCAGCAGUCCUUAAAGUUCUCGGCAUCACGUGGCUUCCGAAGGAAGACGCGUUCAGCUUUCAAUUCGGCGAAAUACCGCCAACUCGGAGUACUAAGCGCUCAGUACUCUCACUGAUCGCGCGCUUGUUCGACCCACUCGGUUGGGCCUCUCCCGUGAUAAUUAACGCAAAAAUACUCAUGCAAGACCUAUGGCUCGCCAAAAUUGAUUGGGAUGACUCAGUUCCUCCACCCCUUCUUGAAGGGUGGAAUACUUAUCGGCAUGAUCUGCCUAAAUUAUCGAAAUUACGUAUUCCGCGUUGGACCUAUACUACUGCUACUCGAGAGCAUUGCGCUAUUGAGCUUCACGGCUUCGCGGACGCGUCUCAACGCGCGUUAUCUGCCGCUGUCUAUAUUCGAGUUUUAAAUUCUCCGACGGACAUAUCCGUUUCAUUAUUAGCGGCCAAAUCUAAAGUCGCACCCCUUAAAACUGUAUCCAUUCCACGUCUUGAACUGAAUGGAAUUGUAUUGCUUAUCCGACUACUUGAAUACGUCAAGCAACAAUUAAAUUAUGACUUAAUCUCAGUGCACGCCUGGACUGACUCCACUGUCGCACUCGCGUGGCUCACCCAGCAUCCCUCACGCUGGAAGCCUUAUGUCGCAAAUCGGGUCUCAGAGAUUCAAACUAAAAUGCCCGAAAUUAAGUGGCAUCACGUCCCUACGCACGAUAAUCCAGCAGAUUGCGCGUCUCAGGGAAUUGCAGUUGAGGAAUUGCUUCACCACCCGCUCUGGUGGUCGGGCCCCUCGUGGCUUCGGCAGAAUUCCGCAUUUUGGCCAAAUGCACGCCCUUGCGCGCUAACAAACGACCUUGUCCACCCUCAAUCGGUUCUACAAGAACAACGCUCCAUUGCAGCGAUCCACGUCGCUCAAAUCACUGAGGAGUGGGACCUGCCCUUACGGUUUUCAAGCUGGGGGAAACUUCUUCGCGUCACAGCGUUCCUUUUCCUCUGGUUAAGGAAAUACCGUGCUCGGAAAUUAAACCAAUCCGCAGCCUCAACUACUCUGUCAUCGCACGCUGCUCUUCCGCGAUCAAGCCCCCUCAAAGCACUUAAUCCUUUCCUUGACGGGAACGAUCAGUUGCGUCUUGGUGGGCGGUUACGUCAUUCGUUCCUUUCUUAUGACGAACGAUUCUCACGUAUUCUACCCCGCCAUCGCAUCAGCGAACUAAUUAUCUAUCAAACGCAUGUGCGCUCGUUGCACGGAGGCACUCAGCUAACGUUACGCCUGUUGCGUCAAAAUUAUUGGAUUCUCGAGGCGAGAUCCCUCGUAAAGUCGCGAAUUAAUCGGUGUCUAGCUUGCGUACGCGAACGCGCGGUCACGGCGAGCCAGCUCAUGGGAGACCUUCCGUCACCUCAAGUCAAUCCGUCACCUCCCUUCUUACACAGCGACUUUGAAGCGCCCGAUUACGAAAGUGUGUCCGCUUCCCCGCCUAGAAAAUUUCCUAGGUACCUCCUUAGGGUAUUGUCAGGCUGCCAUGCUGCCUUGGCUGUCGCUAGCUCGAAGCCCUCACCUGGAGCUGUCUCACCUCGCGACGCGUCAGCAAGCGUCGGGAAUCAUCGGAACAUCUCGGCUGUCAAAGGUCAUCGUCCGUCGUCGAUCGUUUAA